UUUUGGUUCAUCUCCAUUUAUUUUUGUUUUAAAUUAUUAGGGCUUAACCAGAUGACUCAUUUAAAACAUACUUCUGUGGCAUCUUUAUGGCCUUUAUGGACAGUCCAGCAAUCCUAUAUUACAGGGUGAGGUGCAAUGUAGAGAGCAAGAAGCAGAGAGUGUUGUAAUGCUAGAAAAAGGGAGGAGGAAAAGGCCUAUAAAACAAAGCACGGGGAAAUCAUGGUGUAUUGAAGGGUGGCUUCUCUGGUUUUGGCAAUGGUACAGCAGUCAUCCUCUAAAAUUUAACAGGAAAACAUAGGAAAUAGGCUAUGUAACUCACAAAAUGCCAUUAGACUUGGACACAGGAAGAGUUGCAUAGUUCAUCACUAGUGACAGAGCAGGCAUUAGCCAACCAGUGACCUGAUACUUGUGCAACUACAUUCCACAAUGUAUUCACAAUCCAAACAAAAUAUAUUUCCAUCACAAAUGGGAAAGGGGGAAAUGCAUUUUAACAAUGAGUUAAACAAUGAGUCUGCCUUGGGUUAAUUACUGGAAAAAUUAUAUUUCUGCUGUAUGGAAGCCCCUAAGUCACCGAGGGUUUAAAGACCCAUUGGCUACCCUCACCUGGUUUAGCUGGCAAGUCAAAGCUGUUUCCUGGGGUGUGGCCACUGUCGCAUGUGGACAGCUUCUAGGAGCCACAGGUGAGAGCUGAGUGUAGGGUAGACAAAGGUGGACAAACUACCCCAGUGUGUCCCCCACCAGAGGUUCCACCCCUCCCCUAACACCCCAUACAACACCACAAUACAUUAUAUUUCAAGCAGAUGACAACACAAAUGUUUGUUUGCUUAUUGGACAGUAUAAAAGAAAAUAGAACCAUAAGAACAGUUAAAAGCAGCAGUUUUAAAGGCCUGGAGCACAAAAGUAAGGAUCAAGGUAUUGAUCUCCCUGACUUUAGUAGAAGCAAAAGCUGUUUAAAUGCAUGCCCCCCAUCCUGUAGGUCCAAUCCAGCAUGGUUAAAUUUGGAAUUUCUCUUUUGCAUUGGUACAGGCGCAUCUAUUUUCUUUUAAAAGGCAGAGAUACAAAGUGAUGCUCUCUAGCGAUCUUGCCAUAAAAGUGGACUGUUACGAGAUGGCCUAAGUGUACAAUGAAUGCACACUGCAAAUAAGCACACACUGAUGCACCAGUGCCAUAGCAAACAUAUUUGACAAACUACAAAUCUGUACUAUAAAUUGAUUUAUCAAGCACAUUUGCCGCCUUACCAACCUUUGUCAUGUAAUUCGUCUACCUCUCGAUUUUUCCUCUCUACUGAGCAGCCUGUCAGACAGCCCAGCCAUCUAGGUUGUUAAAAAUAAAACAAAUAAAUCCUGCAAGCCAAAAUGUUUCCUAUUUUCCUCUCUCAAUUUUGCAUCAUCUUCUCCCAAGAAAUAUUACUUGUCCAACACAUGCAAUGAGCAGUUCAGCUCAGACUCCAGUUUGACAUGAUACUACCCCAUCAGAGCAUUUUACAAGGUAAGAUAAAGAUAGAAUACCUUUUAUCCACCUAUAGAAGGCAAUUCCUCCCACUUUUAGCAACUGUAGUGCCAUUAAAAAUCACAGAGCACUUGGGGGGGCAGAGUGCAAUCCAUCAGGAACUGAGCUCUCCCACACAGCAAUACAUGCAUGGCACUGCUGUACCAGGCGGUACUAUUGACACAAGUGACCAAAUUGUUCCCUUGUAACUGAAGUGAGACUUACAGUACAUAGAGAAUCCUAUAGAAUGGCUGCCAUAAAAAUAACAGGGCAGACAUUGAUCUAUUGGACUGGAGUACUUUUAAUAGUAGUUUCUGCUGUUACGCAUUUCUUUAAAGAAUUCAUUAAAGGAUGGAAUCAUAAACAAGAAAAAUGUAAUAAAUAGUAAUUAUAUAGGAGGCGUUAUUGUUUUCAUUUGUUGUUACGGUAUAUAUUUUUGUGUUUUUAUAUUGUAAACCGCCCUGUGAUCUUCGGAUGAAGGGCACUAUAGAAAUGUAAAAUAAAUAAUAAAGAUACACUUCUACACGUGUCUACUCACAAGUUACUUCAAAUGAUUGGGAGUUACUCUUGGGUAGGUGGGUGCAGGAUUGCAGACUAAAGCAAACGUCAGAAUAUCACCCGCAAAAAGAAUUUAAGUUGGGCCCUGGAUUUGCUUUUCUCCCUUCCACAUCCUUUUUACCUUUCGUGCUGUGUCCUUUUGACUGCACUAAGCCUGCAGGCAGGGACUGUCUUUGUUUUAACGGAUUGUAUGCCAGUUGCUCUGGGUGCCUUUUUUGGCUGGCAAGCCGGUUAAAAACACUCUCGGGUCAACAAGUAAAUAAUAAAAUAUGAACUGCUUUCAUGCAUAACACACGCACCCGCACCCACCUCUUAGGACAGAGCUCUCCUAAACUGGCUUAACGCAGAACACGUACAAAUAUAAAGUACAACUUCACAUUACAAGAAAAUCCUUUAAGAGAGUAGUAAAAGUAACAGGCCGGAUAACAAUUGAAUAUAGGAAUUAAAUUUUCAUCUGGUGGUGUGUGGAUGUCAGCGUCCCUCUAGUCUUGGCCAAAAUAAGAAGUCAGAAGGGGCGAAGUCAGGCUAAAAAAAGCCCUGGAGCGCAGCGGGGCGCGCCUGGCUUCUCCUUCCCUUUUUGGGUCUUCCCACGCGGAGCAGGAGACGCGCGCCUCAACCCGCGGCCCUUUGCUGACUUCGCAGCUCCCGCGCAGCGCGUUGCUGGAGGCGAGCGCCGGCCCAGGUGAGGCGAGGCGGGACAUGCCGGCUCCUCCCCUCCUCGCCGGGCUCCAGGUGUCGUUGGCAGCUCGGCAGUUGAAGGAGCCGUGGCUGCGGCGGCGGGGCGGCGGGAGAAUGGCGGACUCUCAGCUGCUGUGCCUGGACGACGCUCACGUGAACGAGCGGGUCAGCGAGCACCACCCGCGCUACUACUACAGCGAGGAGCAGCGGAGGGCGCUGGAAGUCCUGCUGGCCAAGGGGGAGAAGGCGUACAAGGAGCGCCUGAAGAAGGACCAGCUGCGAGACUUCCUCUCCAGCCGGGAGCUGCAGGCCUUGCGGGGCGGUUGGCGCGCCUACGAUGCCCACCUCGAGGGGGGCAAGCCGGUGGUCGGCCCUUCGGGGAAGCCCCUGUCCUUGGCUUACUGGCCCGAGAGGUCCGACACCGAGAUCCCACCGCUGGACAUGGGCUGGACCAACACUUUCUACCGGGGAGUCAGCCGCCUCGGGCUGUAUACGCACCCGCGCAAGGAAGACAACGCGCCUCACGUCAAGCAAGUGGCGCGCGAAAUGAUCCAGCAGGCGCAGAAGGUGGGUAUCUCGCCUGGGAGACCCUCGGAGGCGGCGAGGGGGAAGGCGCGCCUCUUCGGAGGCCUCGACAGGCGCCUGCUUCGUGCCUUUAGAAACGCGGAUUAAGGGGGCCGCGUCACGUCUGAGUGUUUUUAGGUGAAAGGGGACUGAGGCAUCAAGAGGAAACUUCUUACUUAGGGCAACGUUCGUUUUCAGCUCCUCAGGACCCAAGGCCGCUUCUCCUUCCGUAAUAAACAAGCACGUGCGCCUUUCUUCUGCUAACAGGCAACUUUUUAGUUUAUUUUAAAGGGUUGCCUUUCUCAUAGAAUUGUAGAGUUGGAAGGAACACAGAGGGUCGUCGGGUCCAAGCCCCUGCAAGGCAACGCAGCCCAAGGGACCUCAUAGAUAUGCCUUAUUAUGGAACGACCCAACCACAGGACAAGCCCCAACAUGAUUUUGUAGUGUCCUGUAUUUUGAGUUUUUCAUCCAAGAAGUUCCUUCAUUAUGCCACGUGGAUUUCUCCUGCAGAAUAUAUGCUGCAAUCACAUGCCCUCUUCAGAGGAAGGGCACUUGAUAAUAACCAUAAAUCUACAAUCUGUUGUGCUCUCCUCUUCAGGUCACGUUGAAAUGAAUUACAGGUGUACAAGUACUAACCAGCCAUUGUUGUGCCCUUCCUGCUUACUUUGUUUUAUGGCACUUUUAUCCCUUACUUCCUCUAAUGGGUUUUCCCCAUUUCCUUAAUACCUCACAACACUUCGUUAGGGUGGGCCUAGAAGUGGCGAGUGGCUGAAGAUUAUUUAGUGAGUCUGGCUGCGUAGAGACAUGAAAUUACCGUAUUUUUCGCUCUAUAACACGCACCCGACCAUAACACGCACGUAGUUUUUAGAGGAGGAAAAUCCGUAGGCAUGCCACCCGUAGGCAUUCCCUCCAUAACACGCACAGACAUUUCCCCUUACUUUCUAGGAGGAAAAAAGUGAGUGUUAUGGUGCAAAAAAUACGGUAGGUCUUCUAAGUCCUCACAUCCUCACCAUACAUUUAAAACAUGCUUUACUAUCAGACUAUCACACAGUCAUGGCUUUCCUGCAAAGAAUCCUGGGAACUGUAGUUUAUGGGUGCUGUGAAGUGUAGCUCUGUGAGGGGUAAAAUAUAGCUCCCAGGAUUCUUUGGGGAAGAAACUGGAUUAUUUGGAGUAAAUGAUACUCCAGCCAAUACACCAAGGACUGCUGGGAUAAAGAAACAAAUAUUGGGUGAAAAAAAAUUGAAAAUAUAAAAUCCAGCAGCUACUCACACAUAUCUCCACUGCUUUCUCUGUGUUAUAGGAUUGUGGUGCAUGUAUGUCAAGGACUCCAUCCUUACUUGUUAGUCUUCUAUUGGGCCACAGUCUUAGACACACUUAAAUACACUGAGUUUAGUGGACUUUAUUUUCUUGUAAAUAGGCCUAGCCAUGAGCAGACUAAGUCAUAAGACAUUGGUCAUAAAAGGCAUUUUUUAAUAUAGGGAAAAUCCUGGAAGUUUUGAAGAGCACUGAAGUAAAAGAAAGUCUGAGGAAGUGUGAAAUAUAAAAUAGGUUCUAGACAGGAAAAAUGGCUGAAAUGUCCUCUUUAAUAGAGGGCAACUAACAACUUUAAGGGCACCCUGCAAAUUACUCAGAAGUAAAUAUUCCUAGACAAUUUGCUUAUAGUAUGUUUAAGAACUUCCUAAAAUUAUAAUAACUGGUACUUAAAGGAGUCAAUUUUAAUCAUUAUGACCUCAUUUGAAGGCUCUAGAUUCUGUUUUGACUUGUAUGGCGUUAAAAUACCACAAAUGAACUUAUUAUUUCUACUACAUUUGUAGUGUUGUUGUUGUUGUUGUUCAAAGUGUCAUAUGUGGUUCUCCCCACCACCUUUGAUACUCUCACAAGAAUCCCAUGAACUCCACUAGACUGAGAGAAUAAGUCUGCGACCCUGUGCACACUUACUUCAGUAGAUGCUGUUGAAUACACAUACUUCCUUCCCUAGAGACACCUGAGUAGAGACUACUGCAUUCUGUCAGAGAUACUGUACAGUAGUUGCAAUAUUCCUUCAUUAAGCAGGGAAUUGAACUUUCUGAUCUCCAAGGUCCUUCUAUUUAUUACAAUUCUAUUCUAAACACAGAGUGGAUUGCACUGGGCCAGGGUCACCCAUUGACAUUCAUGAGUCUGAGCAGGUAUUCAAGUCCUGACCUUCUUGAUACUAGGAACAUAGGAAGCUGCCUUAUACCAAGUCAGAACCAUUGGACCAUUUAGCCUGUACAGUAUUGUCUAUACUCACUGGCAGCUCCUCUGCCAAGAUUUCAGGCAGGAGUCCUUCCAGCCCUACCUGGAGAUGCCAGAGAUUAAACCUGGGAUCUUUUGUAUGCAAGGCAGAGAUCUACCACUGAGCUAACCCAAUAUUCUAACCACUACACUACAUUUGUGCUACUCAUAUAGUUAAAAUUAAACUGUAUUCCAUAAAAGUAUGAGUACUCUGAUGUAUGUGUUUUGUGUAUAGCAGUCUUAGGCCUAAAUACUGAGCAUGCACUGCUUACUCAGCUUCACAUAAGACAGAGUAGUAACACCUCAGACAUCCUUUUCCUGGAGACUGUCAGGAUUGUGUAGUAAGUAUUCUAUUCUAAUUACACAAUUGUUGGUAUAGAGUUCUAGAUUAAUUAAUUCAUAUGAAUUUUAAAGGUGUGAUCCAAUAUGCAAUUGUAUAUACAGUACAUGAAAAUUACUAUUGUAUCCACCCUUGGAUGUGUAAUCUUGUUUUAAUUGGUUGGUAGCCAAGCCAUAUUCAGAGUAGACCCACUGAAAUUAAUGGACUCAAUUUAAUCUAAUUCCAUAACAGAAUAAGCAAUGGAAGGAGAGAGUUACAGCCCAAGAUAGGAAAAGAGGUGGUAAGGGAACACCUAAGUACUUUAAAGGAAUUCAAAUCUCCAGGGCCUGAUGGGCUGCACCCAAAGGUACUAAAGGAGCUUGCAGGUGUAAUCUCAGAGCUUUUGUCUUUGAGAAUUCUUGGAGAAUUGGUAAGGUCCCUGCAGACUGGAGGCAGGCACAUGUUGUUCCCAUCUUCAAAAAGGAGAAAAGAUUCCCUUUACAAAUAUGUUCAAAUGAAAGUAUUAUUCACCUGUGAGCUCCAUCAUUAUUGAGAGUAAAGGUUCUAUAAAGUCUUAGAUGAGCUAUACUUUUGCAGUCAUUCAACCCCCAGCCUUUAGAUGCUUUUAGCUGAUGUCAGGGAGGGCAAUUUGCCAAACCUUCGAGUACCAGCAAUCCAAAUGGGUAAGACUGGAGGUCUUACAGUAUUUGGCAGUGGAGCCCCAGGCUUAAGAGAUAAGUUAUUUGCUUUUCAAAUCCUGCUGUUUCCAUACACAGGUUCAAAAGUGCCAGGUGGAAAGAUGGAGCAAUAAUUUGUUUAGUUAUCAAAGAGAUCUCAGCAAACACCUUAUUCCAAAAAUCAGCCAGCCCACAUGUGCUUAUAUGUGCCAACUGCACAGCAGCCCCUCCAACACUAUGAAUAUGUACCUGGGUGCACAAAGGAGAGCUGUCGUUGAGUAAGGUACUAACCAUGUACCAACCUGAAAGAGGGCUAUUGGGUUUGAGACUACAAACUUCUGUAUGUCCCAACUGGAUUCCCACCAUAACUUUUGACUCUGGGCCCCAAAAGAGACAUUAAUAAGGAAUUUUAUAAGUACAAUAUACAGACCAGUGCCUGUGUCAUGUCUUUAACUGAUUGUUCAAAAGGAGUUCAUUACCUAGUGUCAUCUCUUUUAGUAGUGGGACUGAUGAGAAAGGACCUCAGUUGACAGCCCAGUAGCCAGGGAAAGGUUUUAUCACCUCUAUAUGGUUUCAUAUCAGCUAUAGAAAGGGAACUGUUUCUGUAUAAUAACUCAUUAAGCAACAUAGUUUACAGGAUUUCCAUGACACAAUAUCCUAAGAUAUCCCUUUGAUCCUAAAGACUGGAUGAUACUGUAGUGGUUUAAGCAAGGACAAGCCUGGUGCUAAUUAAUAUCAUUGCCCAUUUAAUCCAAACCUGAAAGGUCAUUAGAGAAAACAUGCUGGUUAUCCAUGUCAGGAUCUAAAUUUGUACAAACCUGGCAAUGGAUAUACUAUGUUCAUGACUACAGUGUAUUAUUAACUAAUUAACUAAGGCCAAAGUGGUGGGACCACCCUUGCAUCUGCAGUUGUGCCGCUCAUUGUGGCCAUGGCAGAGGGUAGGGUCGGGACCCAAUUGCUGCACCAGCUCCUGGCUGGUGUGUGAUGAGGCCUGAUGCCAUUGUGUGGCAGCACUAAGACAGUCUCAGGAUCCAGCAAACCCAAAGCUGGCUUAGCCCUGCCCCCUCCUCACUCUUGGAACAGGACAGGAGAGCAGGACUGGGAAUUCUCAGUACCUUUCUCUCUGCCUCCUGAUUAUUUUGAUCCUUGUUCAGAUUUCCUGGCUUCCUUCUCAAGUGUCAUUGGAGGCAUUUCCAGAGAGCUUUCAUUGUCAGGACCUGAGAGUAUUGUUCCAUACUUGUUUAGACAAGUAAGGUGCUUUAACUCUUUCUUGUCUCUGCUGGGUCUAUACAGUGGACGGGUCAGUGUAGGCUGUGCCAGACAUACUUUGGUUUCUCAUGCUUGUUGUUGGCCAGGAGAGUGGAGUUACUUUGCCUUUCCCUAGGACACUGCAUGCUUCCAGGGACCUUCUCUGAUCUUAUAAUUGAGACUGAGGAGGCUAGAGUUCCGCUCUGAAUGGAAAUUCAUUUAUUGCAGCUAAUGCAAAAAUAAACUGUAUGCCUCAGAAAUUUUCAGAAGCCAGUAAAUGCAAAGUAAAGUUCAUGGAAUGAGUUCUUUUCCAUUAACUGUGCACCGAUGAAGUUUAGUGUUAUUAAACCGGUGCUCAGUGAAGCCUCUGUGUAUCUCUUGCCACUUCAUUAGUAAUCAAAAUAAACUCGAGAUGUCUUACCGUGUCACGUAAGUGGUCUAUUUGGCUCAGUUUCCUCUGCACUGAUUGGUAGUAGCUCUCCAGGAUUUGAGACCAGAAACUUUCCCUCCCCAAUCCAGAGGUGCCAGGAGUUGAAGGUGGGACCUCAUACAUGCAAAUCAUGUACUUUACCGCUGACAUAUUUCCCUUCAUUGAACUGUGCCAUUGCAUCUUAAAAAUCUGCUUUGUAGCCAUAGAUACAUAUAUACAUAGGUUCCUGCCUGCACACUGAGAUCUUAAUCAGAGGAUUUCUUGGUGUGUCUGCUUUCGAAGUCUGUGAGGUGGGCAUUCACAAGAGAGAUGACCUUUUUCAGGGCUGGCCCACCCAUGAGGCAAGGUGAGGCGACCACCUCAGGCAGCUGCAUCCACAGGGGCAGCAGGUAUAGCCUCCAAGGACUGUAUUGCCCGUUCCUGCUGCUGGUUGGAUCUGUCAUCUGUUCAGCAGCGCCCCCCUCCCAUGCUGCCCCUACAGUGGCCUGUUGGUCAAUAGGAGGUGUUGCUGGUCUUCUUCCAUCCUUCUUCCUGACGUAGAUCUUCACUUACUCAUUCCCUGACUGGGAGGAGGCACCAUUUUGUGAUUUGCUUCAGGAGCCAAAAUGUCUUGGGCUGGCUCUGCCUUUUCUGCACUGGCUGCUUGCCUUUGGAACUCCCUUUCAGUAGAGCUGCAGUGGGCAGCUAUACUUCAGGCUUUAGGGGAGGCCUUAAAGACUCAUUUGUUAUCAUAAGUAAGCCCCACCUGCGAUCACUGGAUGGAGACUGGAAUAUUAUGUCUGAGUCUGUUUCCACCUUCUGUGAAUGCUGUUUUAUUGAUGGCUUUAGUAAGAGUUUUUAUAUAGAUGCAAUGGAAUUUUAAAAUGGAACACAUUAACUCUCAGUAUACUAAAGGUUUUCUCUUCAGAUUUUUCAGUCUCGGGUCUGCUCAUCUGAUGCAUGACCUUUUGGCUACACAAGUCUCCUGGGAAGCAGACCAGUGGCAAAAAAAUGUAGAGGAUUUCAUGUUACAUGAAUGUCAGAUGCAGCUAAUUUUUUCAUGGCUUUAAGAAUGGAUGAUUUGUAGAUUACAGUCUUAGUGAAGUACUUGCAAAGCAUUGGGAAACUGCCUAGAGUCAACUUGGAUACCAGGAAAGGUUGCAUCCUUCCUUCAACUCUAUAAUUUUUCCAACUCUUUUCAAUUUGUCUUCUGUUGGAAAUGGGGCUUAAUAUUUUCCUCUGAAUAUACCCUGUCAUUUGAAAACCAAGCCCUCUUUCCAUCCCCAUAUUGUUUCUGUCUCUUUCUGCCGCCUGCUCUCCCAGUGCUAUAUAAUAUCUACCACUGGAGUAAUCAUUCUUGCUUGAGCCAUAGCAAUGCUUUAUAUUUCAGCCACUGAUACACUGGUUUACAGUGUGUUCAUUUUAAUAAUUUCAAUAUUUUUUGCUGACUUUAAAAAACGGGAAAAUCUCCACCCAGCAUUCUGAAGGUGGUUACGUUUAAGAGAGUAAUCAGCUUUCUUAAUAGGUUGGCAUCUGUUUGUCUCGUGAGACAAUGGAAGAGUGCGCCUUCAGAAGUGAAGUCAAGCUGUUGGAGAGUUACAGCGCCUGCUCUGGCUGUAGAGACUAAUACAGAAGAGACCUGUUUUGUUACAGCUGGGGCAGAUGAAGGCGUCCAGUUGUGCUGAUGCAGGAGUACUAUGGCAUUUCUUCCUUCUGCACUCCUCCCAGCGUUUAAGAGAGCAAUCAGCUUUUGUAAUAACUGCUCAUGUUACCACAUCCUAAGGCUCUUCUUUACUCCUAUAGAAGUGUUGAGAUGUUCGCUGCCAUUAUCUGUGUUAAAGCGUGAGUCCUAUGAGGAAGGUUUGGAGGAGUUGGGUGUGUUUAGCCUGGAGAAGAGAUGAUUAAGAGGUGAUAUGGUAGCUUUCUUCAAAUUCAUUUUCUGUUGCUCCGGAGGGUAGGAGCCAGCAGGUUCAAAUUACAAGGGAAUUUUAACUCAACAUUAGGAAGAACUUCCUUAACAGUUUAAGCUGCCCUUUAGUGGAACAGAUUGCCAUAGAGAGAGGUGUACUCUCCCUCGUUAGGGAAUUUUAAGCAGAGAUGUUGUAGCAUUGAAUUUCCUUCAUUGGCAGGGGGUUAUGCUAGAAAACUUGUGAAUCUCUUCUACCUCAAUGGGUUGUAGCCAGUUCUGUGCAAGAGCAUACGGAGUUUCACUCAUGCAAUGUGACUUCCAUUUUGUCUCCUCCUAUGCCUCUCCCCCAAUCUGCUCUAGAGGGUCCACCAACCCCCUUGAGCUGAUUUUGAGGAAGCGGGGAGGGGUUGGAGAGGAUAGGACAGUAGUAUGUUUUGCAUUGUUGGAAUACAGUUCUAUGAUUAUCUUAAGUACAAAUGUUACAUCAACUGAAUAUCCUUAAAGAAAAACCUACUGCCAUAAACUCACCACAAACAGUCAGGCAGGUGAGACAGAGACCUCCAUUCAGAUAAUCUUCAAAAUAAUGUUUUGGAGCAUUGGGAUUCCAUUCCCUCUGGUAUAGUGCUAACAUGCUGCAGAAGGGUACAGUUCUGCAGUGAAGGGGAAGCGGAGAGAGGGAGUGCUGGAUUAUUUUCAUUUGAAAUUUGUCUCCCUCCAUUUGCUUUUGUUGAUUUAUCUUCCAGAUUAUCUGCCAUCCUGUUAAACAUACUGAUUCUAUUAUGAGAGGUAUCACCUUUACAAAAUGUGUGCUCUUCCACCGCCAAGCUCUAGUUAGAGUUGCACAUAAUCUAGAAAGGCUAAGUAAUUUAGCUAUGGAUGCGGAAUAGUACAUUGUUUCUCAGUCCUACGCCCAAAUACAUAAAAAGAGAUGGUUGCCUUUGUUGUAAGAAUCCAGUGAUGCAGGGUACAUCAAAACCCCCAAAGCAAAGAAAGAGGGAUCCUAUUUAAUAAGCAGUGUCUGGGCUCUAUGACGCUUUCAAGUUCCAAGGUAAUGCAUUUCCUCAACAGGUAAUGUAUGUAGCAGUGCAGAUUGGCCUCUAGGUCUGUAGAGCACCUCCCUGUUUCUCACUUGUUCUUGCUGGCCCUCUAUUCUGCUUGUAUGGUCCUGUCUUCAUUAAGGGGAGUAUUUAACAAGUUCCAACCUUUCUGAAACCCAGUUGACCUCCAUCAGGAUUGCCAGCCCUGCAAGAUUUGCGCAGGCAAGACUUCCAAAGAAAAUGCCUCUAAUUUAGAAGGAGAACGCAGCUAAUGGCAAUCUGCCCCAAAGCAGGACUAAUAAGUAGUGUUGCUAGUAUUUGAGUUCAAACAGUUUUUGUAACACAAACUUGUACAAUGUAUUUUAGAUAUUAAUGAUGGGCCAAUAUAGCAAAAUGGUGCUCUUUCAAAUAAGUAUUACUAAUCCAAAAAUAGUGUAGUUUAUCUGAAAAACAAGUGAGCUCAUGUGCACUACACUUGGGUAUAGAACUUCUAUAAAAAUCCACUUAAUGUUACAUAUCACUACCCAAAGAUAGGAAAGAAGCAAUUUAAAAACACUUUUUUUGGGGGGGGGCAUACUUUAAAAUCUCUUUCCACUGCAGUAUGGAACCAGCGGUAUUCAUUUUUGAGGCCUCCACAGGAGGUUAAGAACAGUUUCAGGUUAAAAACGGACCUCCAGAACGAAUUAAGUACUUAACCCGAGGUACCACUGUAUUGUUUGCUUUGAUGAGUAAUGGCUCUCAGUCCAAGUUCUUUUGCAUUACAUGCUACCUAAUCCUUUCGCUAGGAAUUGAACAUGGGAUCUUCUACAUGCCCAAGCAUGUGCUCUACCACUCAGUUAUGGACACCUGCAUUGGUGGAGCUCAUUAUUACCAUUAACUGCUAAAAUGAUCAAUUGUAACAUUCCACCUCAUUGAGAGGGUGAGGACAGUUAAAAAAGGGGGGGAUAUUUUGAUUAAAUCCUGCAUUAGGGGUUGACUAUGAUUCCUAUUAGGUGGAUGAAUACUAGAUUGGGUUUCUGGGAGAGGGUGGGUACGUCACUUCCAGAAAACGGGUCAAAUCAUUAUGAGAAGUCAGGUCAUGCAGUUUAGAUGACAGCAAAUACUGUGUUUUUCAGACACUACUCAACAUGGAACACUCAGUGAAAACCCUAGGGUGGCUCUGAACAAGAACUAACAAGCUUUCUUGUCUGUUCAGGCAGUAAAAACCACGCUGUCAAAUAAUGUACUCCUGAAUAUGUUGAAGCAUAUGUUUUUCAUAGCCUGUAGCGUGUCAUGGGUGUAUGUCAUAAGCCCUGGUGGCAUAAGGACAGAAAUCUAUGCCUUAUUGCAGUAUUGCUUUUUAAAAUAACUGCUUGUUCUCUUUCUGUUCGUGGCCAGAUCAUUGCAGUAGUCAUGGACCAGUUCACUGACAGGGACAUCUUCCGGGAUAUCGUAGAUGCAUCAUACAAGCGUCGGAUCCCCGUUUAUAUAAUCUUGGACGAAGAAGGCUCUAAAUUUUUCCUGGAAAUGUGCAAAGGCAUGGAGCUGAGUGAUUUCUAUAUCCGGGUGAGCUGAUGAUGUGCACUGUGAUUAAUGAGAAUCAUAGCUGAGAGGUAUCAAAGCACAGUUUUAAUAUAAAUUUUGAGUAGAUUAAAUAAUUAUUGUAUUGAUAGAGGACUUGGACUUGAUUCUUUCUUCACCUUCUAUUGCCACUGAUCACCUAGCCAGGUGUCCCCUCCAUCUUCUCUUUGUGCAGUUGGUUCUUCCUGUCUUAAGUGUAAAACCUUGCAUUUGUCCCUGUUGGGAUUCAUUAUUAGUUUUGACCUGGUUCUCCAACUGUUAAGGUCAAUUGAAUCCCAAUUCUGCCUUCUGUGGAAUUAGCCAUCCCUCCCAGUUUGGUGUCAUCGGCAAAUUGGAUGAGCAUCCCUUCAAUUCCUUCAUCCAAGUCAUUUAUAAAGAUGCUCGAUAACAACAGGCCCAGGACAGAAGCCUGCACUUCCCCACAUGUCACUUUUUCAUGAUGAUGAGGAACUAUUAAUGAGCAGUCUUUUUGUGUGGUUGUUUCACAUUUCAUGACUUUAUGCACAUCUUGUUCAUGAAUUAUUAUUUAUUUAUUUAUUAUGGAAUCAGUCAGUGAUUUAUCGUAUGGUCACAGACCCAUUAAAAUUAUUAUAGAAUUGUUACGUGACUUACAUUGUAAGCAGGGUUGAGCACAAGUCACUUCUCCACCUUCGCUGGAACCUUUGUCCUCUAGUGAAGACGCAGGGAGAAUUACUAUAAUCUUAAUGGGACUCGAGCAAAGGUUGCAACAUUUUCAGAUAGUGGAGUACCACUUUAUGAGGCAGCCUUUUAUUCCCAUUUACAAAAAAGGCUCGAGGGACGAUCCCUCCAACUAUAGACCUAUAAGCCUCCUGAAUAUAAUGAGUAAAUUAUACACUAAACACCUCAGCGAGAAACUGUGCAAAUGGAUAGAAAGAGCGAAGAUUCUUGAGGAUGCACAGGCAGGAUUUAGACAAGGGAGAUCCACAAUGGAUCACUGCCUGAUCUUACAGCACCUAGCUGAGAAAUACACGUCGCAUCACAAUCACCACCUAUUCGCAGCAUUUGUAGAUUUUAAAGCAGCCUUUGACUCCAUCCCAAGAACUCGACUCUGGGACAAACUCUACAAAUCAUCCAUAGACCGACGUCUGCUGCUACUAAUAUACAAACUGUACAACAACACAUGACUUCGUAUAAGAUGCAGCCAAGAAGGUCAACUCUCUAAUUUCAUUAGAACAACAAAGGGAGUUAAACAAGGAUGCAUUUUGGCCCCCUUUUUGUUCAACAUCUAUAUAAACUCCCUAAUAGAUCACCUACAAGGAGCGGAUACACACGCCCCAAAAUUAGCAGACAAAAAACUGCCUAUCUUACUCUAUGCAGACGAUGCGGUUAUAUUGUCCCAGACUCAGACGGGCCUCAAAAGAGCUCUUAACAGCUUAUCCCAAUACUGUAGAGAAGAGAAACUAGCAGUGAACUACCAAAAAACAAAAAUCAUGGUUUUCUCUAACAAAAGGAAAAUAUACAGAUGGAAUUUAGACAAUCAGGAGAUUGAACAAGUGACAUGCUUUAAAUAUCUAGGAGUGAUAUUCCAAGCAUCAAGGAAGAAGACUGCCCACAUAAACUACAGCUCCUUUACAGCACAAAAAUGUACAACAGCAAUCCUAAGAUUCCAUCGUACAAUGGGAGGAAAUUUCAUCCCUGCUACAAUUAAACUAUUCGUUGCAAAACCAACAGCACAAAUCCUAUAUGGCGCACCACUCGUCUCCCUCUCUAAUCUAGACCCAUAUGAGAAGAUACAAUCAGGCUUCCUUAGAUCACUCCUGCAAACACCUAAAUGCGUCCCAAACGCCGCCUUACGACUGGAAGCGGGCUUAUACAGCAUUAAAGCCAAAAUAUGGAUAAGAACCUUAUGCACUUGGCUAAGACUUAACAACUCGCCGGUUGGACUACUUUCCCUGAUGCUUCUUGACAAAUUCCAAUCUAGGUGGUUGAAGGGCAUUCUCAGAAAACUGGCCACAUAUGGUCUCUCCCCAGAGUAUUUAUUAAGUUUAGAAAGGGGAAGGGCCAAGAACAUAAUCAAAGAAAGACUCAGGGACAUUGAAACCCAAAAUGACUUUAACCAACUUCCGAUAACUUAUAAACUUCUAUACAAGUCCCAAAGGCCCCAUCUAGCAAACUAUCUCAAAGAUCUAGACAACGCUAAACACUGAUGGGCAUUUUCCAGGGCCCGCUUUAACGCUCUCCCUUCAGCUCUUCUAGAGGGAAGAUACAAUAAAAUACUGAUCGAACAAAGAUUAUGUCCCUGUAACAGCAAUGAAAUCGAAACCAUUGGGCAUGUCAUUUUAUACUGCCCAUUAUAUCGAGACUCAAGAAAAGAGCUGAUCGAACCGAUUCUGAGGAAAAUACCUCGUAGUACAGACGGCACCUAUAUCAGACACCUCUUAGCUGACAAAGAGCCCGAAACUAACAGGUCCGUGGCAAAGUACUGUUACAUUGCAACAAGAAUAAGACGAGCAAUGAUGUCUACAAAGGAGUUCAAACUGUAAACAUCUAAGGAACGAUAAUAAACAGUAGCGACUCCUGAACUGAAUUUUAAAAACUUAAAACUCGAAACCUGGUCAUAAAUAUAAGCACCAAUUCUGUGAAUUGGCCAUAUUUUUACUGUUACUUGUAGCACAAUACUACUCUUAAUGUCAUAUUUUAUAAAUUGCUUCCUGGUCAUUGACCGUAUUAAAGAUAUUUGAUUUGAUUUUUGCAGGGUUGAGCACAAGUCACUUCUCCACCUUCGCUGGAACCUUUGUCCUCUAGUGAAGAGAAUUACUAUAAUCUUAAUGGGACUCGAGCAAAGGUUGCAACAUUUUCAGAUAGUGGAGUACCACUUUAUGAGGCAGCCUUUCCACCUUUUCCUUUCCUUUUUAACAUGAAAGAAAGGCAAGCUUCUAUGCUCAGCAGCAGCUGCCAGUUGCUUCUAAAAUUGUUUCAGAAUGGCACUGGGAACAUUGCUAGAUGAUGGCAGAGUGUGGUUCCCAGCAAUUUUGUAUGAAAAGAGAGAUGGAGGUCCAUAUGUGCAUAAGGAUUUAUUAUCACUGGUUUCAGAAGCCCUUGUUUCUGAAUAAUUGUCUUCAGCAUUGCAGCCUAAGCUGCAGUGCUCUGUAAUGCUCUGGUAUUUGCUUCAUUCUCUCUGCAAAAAAAGGUGUGCGGAUUCUUUCUUUCUUCAGUUUAAACAUUCUCUGUAGAUUCCCACAAGUUUUAUUGCAUGAAGAGGUGCUCUUGCUUUCUUCUAAGACUGAAUAGCAUCUUUGUUCACUGACUUUCACCUUUAUAGAUCUGGUCAGCCUUUUGCAAUGCAUGGUCUCUGAUCCUCUGUUCCCCCAACUGUUCCAUUUGAAUGCCCAUUGUCUACUUUUUCACAGCUGUUCAGAUGAAUGAAGUAAGAACUGUCAAGCACUUUUUAUAUUCAGCAUACUAUGGAAAUUAUUAUUGUUGAUAAUCAUCACCACUUUUUUUUCAGGUACAAAGAACCUUCCCUAAAUUAGGGUGUUUCUAAUCAUGAAGGUUCUCAUUCUUCACCAGACAACUACUUUUCCAGGCUCAAAUAAGUUUGCCUUUCUUUCUUUCUUUCUGAAGACGGUUAAGAAACUUCAGCUGGUGCAGAAUUUGGCAGCCCGGUUGUUCGCCUUUUGGCAAGAUUGUUUGAGUGUAUUAUACCGAUCCUGGCCCAAUUGCACUGGCUGCCAAUUAGUUUCUGGGCCCAAUUCAAAGUGCUGGUUUUGAUCUAAAAAACCUUAAAGGGCUGAGGACCAAAACACUCCAAGGGGCAACUAUCCACAUAUGAACCUACCCAGACCCUGAAAUCAUCAUCUGAGGCCCUUCUUUGUGUGGCUCCUCCACAAAGGGUCCAGAGAGUGGCAACACAUGAACAGGCUUUUUCUGCAGUGGCUCCCUUGUUGUGGAAUGCGCCUUCAUAACAUAUCUUUAGGCUCCAGGCAAAAACAUUUAUCUGUAACCAGGCCUUUGGCUGAUUAACAUUCUAUGACCUUUUACAUGUGUUUGUGGGAGGGGAGGUUAUUGGUUUAUUUUAAUUUUAUUAUGUAUUUUGGGUUCUCAUUUUGUCUUUGUAUGUUGUGAACUGCUCUGUGAUCUUCAGAUGAAGGGUACUAAAUAAAAACAACAACAACAACACUGUGCUUUUUCUUUCUGUCAGAAUAUCCGUGUGCGUUGUGUGACUGGAGCUGGGUUCUACAUGCCAUCAGGGAAGAUCCAAGGCAACUUGGCUACACGCUUCCUGAUGGUGGAUGGUGAAAAAGUUCUUACUGGAUCGUACAGGUCAGUUGCUAACUCAGGGUGGGCGUUCCUUUUACAUAUAUGCAUGUAACUUUCCCUCUGAUAACUGGAACAUGAAAUGUGUCCUGAUCCUUUUGCAACUUAGCUUAAUAAUUUGUUCCUAGUUUCACACAUGAAGUCAGACCUUUGGUCCAUCUAGCCCAGAAUUGUUCUCACAUUGCCUAUGUUUCUAAGUAAAAAUGCACAAGAUUGGGAAGCAUGAGGGCAAAGCGGGAUGUAGAAGGAAUAAGAAACACAGAACAAAGGCAGAAAGGAAGAGAAGUAUGUGAGCAAUAUGAAGCAGGAUUAAGAGGGGAAGAAGGGAUAUAAGAGAAAAGAUGUACACAGAAAUGACAAAAAUGUUUGACUGUCACCUGUCUAUCUUCCAAGUACUUUCUCUGCUAUGUGUGUCUACAAAUUAACAAAUGUACUUGGAUAAUAAAUAUGCUUCCUGAUUACUACGACAUGUUUUCCUAGAUGGUAUGAGCUUAGAUGUGAGAGGGUAACUGUUUCUGAUUGCAGUGCUUUUAACAACAAUAUCUCUUGUUUGAUAGUUUCACAUGGACCUCAUCCCACAUAGACAGAAACAUGGUCUUGUACUUGACCGGGCAGCAUGUGGAGAUGUUUGAUAUUGAAUUCCGUGAACUCUAUGCUAUUUCGGAGGAGGUCAACCUCUACAAGGAGCUGAACCUUCCGUGCCCUUUCCGCCAAGGCGUCGGGAGAAUGGGAUUUUCCUCCUCUACAGUGGCCCGGAAGGCCAUCAGCCCAAAGUAUGGACUGGUAGUGGCAGUUCCCCCAGGUGAAAUGAUGCGCUGGGCCUCCCGCCAGAGGCACGAGUCACAAGGGACUCAAGAAGCACAGGAAGAAGAAAGUGAGUCCAAUAGGCGACUACAAACUUUUCUGAAUGACCUUAUCACGGUGGAGCAAGUGCUGCCAGAUAUUGAGCCUCCACUUGAGGACCUGAACAGAGGAAACCGGAGUCCUCAGAAACUAUUUUCCCUAUUAAAAUCCAAAUCCAAAUCCAGGGAGUCCAUCCGUGACCUCAGGAAAGAUGAUGUUGCCAAUGGGGAAGCUGGUUCCAAACCAGUCAAGAGGUUUGGCAGUGGAUUUUUCAGACGGGCCAAGCGGCCACCACCCUUCAAUGCUGAUGCCAGUUCUAUUGCCAGUGAUAUUGCUGAAGACUUUGUGGUUGUGAAGACAGGAAAGGAAAGCCAGGCUAGCCCUCGCCCGGUCAGCGUCCGUAGUAGUGGGGCUAAUUCAGGUAAAUAAUCCUGGGGAAGACUCUUUAUUUUUUGUUUUUACCAACAAAAUAGUUACUCUUUCAGGAUUUUUUUCCCCAGAAAAGCUUGCCCUUCUCUAUUCUGCUUUCAGAUCCCCAAACUUCUAUACUGGGUGAUAGACCAGUCAGUGUAUGGGCAGAGUAAAAGGAGGGCAGCUAUAUCAAGUAUUAGUAUAAUCCUGAAGUCUGACACUAACCUCAUCUGAUAGCUUUGUUUCUAGAUGAGUUUAAUUUAGGGGGCUAAUGGGAUAAUUUCAUAUUUCUCUCUCUUUCAUAAAUUAGGUUCAUAAAUCAGGUAUUUUGAUUCCAAGAAGGAAGCAGAUUGUCAUUCUGUGUUGCGUGAGUGUAAUGUAGGUUUAUUAGCAAAACUGAGAUGCCUCAUGCCACUUAACUUUAUAUGACUGGGAAGAGAGUUGCUGUGACAAACAUGGAAGGUAUUUGUAUUCAAAAUGCGCCCCUGGAUGCACCAGCCGAGGCUUAAAUAGACUCCUCUUAUGUUGUUUGACUCUUUCAUAAGACACCUUGAUGCAUUUAAUCUGCUAUCUUACACUGUUCAAGGGUGAAGGGUGAAAUUCUGACGUCUUUGUUUUGUUAAUAGCAAAAUAUUUUAUCAUGGGGUUGGGAAUGAGACAUGUCAGAGCAGACAGAUCCACUCAGCAUCUACCGUGUGUGUGUGUGUGUGUGUGUGUGUGUGUGUGUCUAUGUAUACACAUGUGUCCCUAUCCUCUGAUGAACAGAACUCCAGUAGAACACACUUCCCUUCCCUGGAGCUGUCAUUUGCAGUGUGGUUUGGAGAAGGAAACAAGUGUUAAAAAGAGAUUCCAGGUGGUGUUUUUUUCUGCAUUUUUCAUAACCUCGCAUAAAUGAGGCAGUAUCCUGCCUGUCUCCUAAGCCCGCUGUGCAUUCUAGAGGGGGAAAUGCUAGCAACAACCAUUAAAAGGGUCUCUUGUAAUAAGCUAAGCCAGCAUUUGUGGAAUCUUUAUAUGAGGCCUUUUGGAAUUCCCUUAUAACAAUUCUUUCUUGUUUAUAAUUACUGGCUACAGUAUGGCUUGCAGUUGUUUAGUCUUCUUAACUUUGGGGGGAGGGAACUAACCUGUGGCCCUUCAGAUGUUGAUAGACUCCGGUUUCCAUCCCCUCCAACCAAUAAGGCCCAAUGGUCAGAGAUGGUGGAAGUUGCAGUGCAACAAUUUGACUGAUGGUCAGUUUUGUAGCUUUUAAUGACCGAAGUCCUGUAGCUAUUAACUACUUCCUCUAAAGCAGACAUGGCUAACCCAUGGGCAGCAUCUGUCCCUCAAAACAUUUUUGUGAGUCUCCAACAGCCCCCGCUCCACAUCAUAUGCCAGUUUGGGGAUGGAACUGGUUAGUGAAGUUUAAACAACAGCCUUGCUGUGUGUGCCAAGUUGAUCAGGCUUGACCUGAAGCACUCAGUUUGGGAAUCUUCUUUUGCACAAGGAAUGCAAGGAUACCUGGAGCCUUCCCCACAAUUUGGGUUUUCUGCAGAUUGCCUUUUGCUCCAAUUCAGCUUUGAAGAGUUAAUUUUUGCAGGGAAGGCUCUGGAGCAAUAAAAAAGUGUGCAGGAGCUUUAAAAUGUGCACCAUGCUUGGAAAGCGCAUAGGAAAAGUAAGUGUGGAUAAAGCCCUAAAAGUAAGCUGUUUUGUAGUCAUAUAUCUCGAGAAGCAAAAGUUCUGUCCCAUAGAAUCCAGAAAUUUGAUUGACUUUUGAAAACAACAUUCUUCUCUGCAAAGAUUCAGGUAUGAAUUGUCUCAGUAAUGUUCUCUCCACAUGCAUGGGAACAUCCUCCAUUUGCGUGGGUACAAAAAUUUCUCAUAGUAAAAUAGCAAAAGUCUGCUUUUUGCCACCUUGCAUCACAGGCCCAACUUGAUGGUCUUCAUGCUUCCUGUUAGCAAAACCCAUUCACACACAAACUUCAUGCAUGCCUGUGGUUUCCAAGCAACUACUAAAGCUUGUCUAUUGUUCUUGAGAAGUAACUACAGCUUCAAGGCUGAAUAUCUUACAAAAGCUAAGCUUCAAACUAGGUUACAAACACAGCUUUGCUAAUAAUGAAAGGAUAGCAUUGAAUUUGAGAGGUUUAAAAAAGUAUUAUAUGUAAUAAAGAAAGAAUAUAUCAUAAGCAUAAAUGUCUCUAGCCAGCAUUAACUUCCUAGGUUACCAAAUACACAAGUUGGCCCUAGUGCGUCUGCUUGUUAGGGUUACCAAGUUACUAAAACCAUGUUUCAAGAUGCAUUUUAAUCAUGACACUCCCAAUGAGUCAUUUGUUUUUAAAAAAAUGAGUUUAAAAUUAUUGUUGACUCCAGGGGGGUCUCCUGCUGUGAUGGCAUGAUGCCAGAAGUUUUUUUUUGUGGGGCCCCCAUAGCCCCCUGAAAUUUCCAUUAAAAUUAAAUAAUAGUCUUUUAAAAUUAAAUAAAAGAUUUGCUGCCUGCUUCCAUAUAGUCUCCACAGGUGCUGCUUUGUCGAAUUUAAUAUAGAACAAUGAAUGGUGAUGAAAUGUUUUCAAAUAAUGUAGAAUGGCUGAUGGUAGUGCUUGGGAAGGCAGUUCUUGCCACGGCUGUUUUGACCCUGAGGGUUGACCCUGGGUCAGUGUGGCCCUCAGUCCAAAAAAGAUUAGCUACCCCUGCUCUGAAGUUAAAUCUGUUCACUGUCUAGCCUAUCCUCUAACAGUGGCCGUGUAGGAUGAAAUAGAAGGAGCUGCAGAACCAGCACAAACUGUGGGAGAGGGGAGAGCUGUGCAGUAGUCAGAAGUUUCUAUACACCCCUCCCUCCCCCCCCCCCACAUCUCACAAUCUUUCCAGGCAAACGUUACAGUUCAAGUACCCAUUCCAGCCAUACUUGCCCUCCAAGCCUGAGCUUUCCUACUCCUGGAUUAGAGACUUUGGUUUAAUAUUUUUAUUCUGCUUUUCCAACAACAAAUGUUGAGCUCAAAGCAGCUCACAAUAAUCACAGCUGCAUUUAAAAAACAAGCAUUGCAAUCACUAACACCGCAGUAUAUAAAUAAAGCAAACAACAAAUUCAUCAGAGCAAUACAACUCAAUAAUUGGAACCCCAGAGUUGAUACAGUAUGUGAAGUUGUCUCAAAAUACAAUAUACACUAAGCCGAACAAUUUCAGAUACUUCAGUAGGAAGGAACCCACUUAAGGCUGUCGAAACUACUAAUCACCACAGUUCAGAAUUUGCUCCACUUGCCUUUGCCAUAAAUGUUUUAUACUUGCAGCCAGUGCAAGAAAGCACUGUGUGUUUCACUGCCAAGGAAGUAAUCAAUGGCAGCCUGAGAGACCUAUGGCAUAUAUCAAGCUAUAGUGAGAAGCCAGCCACAUGUCAUGUAUAAAACAUUAAGCUGGCCACCAGACCUGGAUGGUAUUUGAGAAGAUGGGAAAUUGGGUAACAGGGCAUAAGCUGUGCUAAUUGGUACACUAAUAUUUCUAGGUAUACAGGUACUGUCUUUUAACAUUGAAUGGUUAUCACUCACAGUAACUAGAGUUUCCCCAUUGGAAUAUGCAUGGGGAGGUUCCCAGCUGUUGAGGAAAGGAAAUAGGAAGAUGAGGAAAUUCUGGUUGGAUAUCUUGAGGUUUCUGCCAUUUUAGCUUGGAAGCGAUGGUCAGAAGCACCUCCCCCACCCCCACCCCCACCCUUUUUUUUUAACUGGAGUAUAAAUUGUAACACCGAAAGUUUAUUUACAUUUCAGCUUAAUACAUUUUGAGACCCUUCUUGGAGAUGGGCAGUCUGUUUCUUUUGCGUUGAAAUCUGCAUAGCACAAGACAUGCACAGAUUCAAACAUUGUGUUUUAAUUCACAGCAGAGAAAAAAAUCAUUUAUCAUUUGUAACAUUUUAUUAAAGUUGACCAGAGGGCAUGCAGCAACCCCUAGUGAUAAAACUAGAAAAUAGCAGAGGCCCAUAUAGAUAUAUAAUCCAAAGUGAAGGUUAUUAAAGCUUUCUGUAUGUUGAAAUUUUUCAUUCUGUGUAUGCAGUGAAAAAAGUUUUAGAUUGUAGCAAUUAGAGCACAAAAAGAACAGCUCAACUCAGGUGCCAAAUGAGCAGGUUGAUAUAGUGUGUAUGGAGGACCAGGACUGAAUCUAAAGCUUAAGUUUUGAACGUGGACCAGUGUCCUGGUACCUAUCAACUAGUAAUUUUACAGCGGACUAUUCAAGUAAAUAAUGUCUAAAUAUAAGUCACAUGAACAAAGUGGUGCAUGUGUGCACAUGCAGUGCCUGGUGGAGAGCGCUUCCUGGACUGGUUGCCUUUCUGCCUACUCACCCAGUUAGGAGAUUCUCACUGGUAUUGUCUGUGGCACACAGAGGGAGGGGGACUGGGGACUGCUUUUCCAGGGCACCAGCUAAAGAGGAUGAAAACGGCGGUGGGAAAGCCAAGAGAGGCUACUUCCACCCUUAGCAUCUGCUGCCUGAGGUGAUUACCUCAUUCUUCUUAACUACCCUUAAUGUAGUUUGCAAUUAUCUAAAUAAUUUUACUUUGAACGAGAUGCAUUUAAAAAAACGUUUUUGUUAAUGUUGCUUCUAAUAAUCCUGAAAAAAGGAAAUGGCCUUCUCAAUGGCCUUCAUUUGAUAACUGUAUAUAUAAUAUGAUGCUUAAAUACUGAAGUUCUGCUUUAUUUACAAGAAGUGUUCAAAUGCAUACAAGUCUAUAAAAGUAUUAGUAAUUAAACAUGGUGCUUUGAUGGUAUCUGCACCUCUGUUAAAAAGCUGAAAAGACCAUAUUUUGUGCCGUAACAAAAUUUGUAAAUUAAUUGGGAAUAAACAAUUGAAAUAGUUUGAAAAAUGCCUUCACUGUGGAAACAUUUCUGGAAUAUCUUUCCUGUGGCUGUGGGUGGGGAUCAUGAGUUGCAGAAGGGAAAAGGAAAACUGAGAAGGUAUACCUGAAUGUGUUAAUUUUCUUUUUUAAAAGCACGCUUGAAAUCUUUUAAUUAGAAACAUUUGGUUCAUUUUGUUUUUCUGAUACAGAAAGAAUGAGACCAAGCUCCCCUUCAGGGGACAGAGCCAAACAGUCCAACUGUGUGGUGUCGUGAUCUGAGGAAAACAGCGACGGGAAAACUGAGAACCCGAAGGGACAAGUGUGGCUGUGGAAUAUACAGCUGUGGGCUGAUUUCAAACCUACAGUCCCAAGUUCCUCACAAUGGUCUGUAUCAACACUCUACUGUCAAGGUCGGAGCUGGUACAUCCAUCUAAAGUGCACAUGCAGAGUAAAACACAUGACAUGGAAGAUUCCUAUGUGGAGAGGUAGCAGCAUGAAUUAAAUAACAGUGAUAAGUGGAGUUUGGAGUUUAAAUCUGUGCUGACAUACAUGUAGGGGUGCUUUCUAUUUCUAUGUGUUGCUUCUUAAAUUUGGUUACAGGCUUAAGAAGAACACGGUUAUAUUGUUGAUAAUUGUACUGUACCGCUGUUGAUUUUGUGAGUCAGAAACACAAAUCAAAGUUAAAAGGUAGAAUCCAGAGAAGAUGGUCAAAGCUGGGGAUUUUGUAUGUCUGAGGCAGCAUUUCUCAAACAUCCGAACAUCUCCAAUCAUCUACACACCUUUAACAUUUACUAGAUCUUCUGCACCUUCCAUAACCUUUUCUGUAUCCUAAUGUAUGGAUAGCCACCAUGUGGCAGUGACAAAGACAAGAAGGGGCUGUGGAAUUGCUAGAGAAGGUCUGGUGGGCUCAUGCUCCCGGCUGUGGCACAGAGUUGGGCCUAUGCUCCUGCUUCCUUCUGCUGAGCUACACAACUCCCUACCUGGACUAAAACAGUUAUGCUAAGGACCUGGGAGCUGCAUGUAUAUUGUACAGUGGCACUAGUUCAGAACCUCAGGUUCAUGGCCCAUAUGCAACCCUUCAGGCCUCUCCAUCUGGGCCAGACCCCUUCACCAGACACACCCCCUGCCAGACCUGCUUAGCCCCCUCCUUGAGUGUUUUUGUCUGGUUGGAAUGAUGUGUCCUUGAAGCCUGCUGUAACAAACAUAAAAUUAACAUUUGUUGCUGAGCCCACCAGUGACAUGUGGCCUCUGGAAAGUUGCCCAGGAGGUAACGUGUCCCCCUGCCCAUCACUAAUCUAAUGGGACUUGCACACUUACAAAAAUGCACUAAAUUAUAUGUGCUGCCCCCACUUCCUCUGAUGACUCCUGAUUUCCAUUUGGGGGGUGGUGGCCUAAGGAUUUCUGUACAUGUUUGUUUCUCCUCUUCAGAAAUCUAUUAAGAUUGCUCUAGGCAAUGAAGAAAGAGUCAGUGAAAUUGAUACCCAAUUCCUCUUCAUUCCAUAUAGAGCUUGACAUUUAAACAAAUUUUAUGCCCUAUAAUGGUUAUUUGGAUGAAAGCAUGGGUCAUAAUGCCAGGUGAUGCUUAUUAAGGUGUGCAGGUGAGAUUCUACAUGGUCUCUAUUAAAAAAACACAACUUAAAAGAUGCACUAAUAAGAGUAGCAGGUGGCAAAACAAUGCAAGAUUAGUAUAAAUGAAAUCAUUUAAUCUUCCCUUGCAUCUCGUUACUUUUGUCCAGAUUUAUAACGACAAAUGAUUAAAAGUACCUAAUUCAGUUCCUUAUUCCAGCGCUUUAAAAGUCAAGGUUGUCAGUGCAGAGUCACACUACUUUAUACAAGCCCAGUGGAUUAAUUCAAUAUACGGACAUUUGUUUUCCAGACAGCUGUCCUAUAGUCAGUCUAUGGCUUUAUGCUGCCUUAAACAGUAGCUUUCAGGCCCUACCAGAGGCUGUCUGCCUUUUUGUAUCCAGCCUGUCUGUUACGGAAUACUAAUCAGCAGAGAGUGAGGUGCAGAGUUUGCCUUGUUUAACACACAUGCUAGCUCUGUUUGAGAAUGUUCAGUAAGAAAUACAUCCAAGAGAAAAUGUCACACACACUGUGCUUUCGAAUUGCCUGCUGUGUCAGCUUUUAUAGCAAGGGGUCUUCCAGAAAUUGGAUUACGUUUGGAUGGCUGAGGGGUUGCGCGUGGGGGAGCUCAUGCCUAGCCAACCAUCUAUUUAUUAGUGCUAUUGAACAUUGAUUUAAUGGUAUGCGGGGCAUGUGCUGUACUCUGCCUGGAAGCUGUUCAUUACAGCGAUUUCCCUUCUUCUGUACACAUGGCUAGUUAAACUGGAUUCCAUGGAGAUUAACGGUGUAUUAAAACCGCAAUGGUAUUCACCCACUUCUCCAUCUAUAUUCAGAUGGCCAACUUUCAGCCAGACGUGGUAUAUGCACGCAGUACAUUUAACUUCCAAGUGGGAUGAUUGUACUUCAAAAAUAUAUCAAUGCAACCAUUGUUGUAAUAGUCACAGCCUCUGCCUUCACUCUGCUGAACGUAAGCAGUUCACUUGUGUCAAAACUGCCUUGAAUCCCUUGGAAAAGGUAGUCUGUUUUGAUUUGGAGUAGCUCCAAUUGAAAAAUAUGUACAUAUUAAAACAUCCAGGCAAAUUUAUAUUUAAAAGGUAAUUUAUUUUUAAAAACUAAUUCUAUAUUUUAAUUCCAUGUGCACUUGUAAGUUUUUACAGGGCUCAAUCAUGCGUUCCAAAAACUAUAAAUCCAAGUAGGUUUUGGUUUUGUUUUUGUUUUUAGAACAAGUCCCAUGAAUUGUUCCCAUUAUCCCCAGGUACUUUUUUUUGUGGCUCUUGUAUUUGUUCAUGAUCUUAAAAAGCCACUUGAUUUCAAAAGUGUUUCAUGAUUGUGGAUAUGUAUUUUUAAAUGUGAUACUUUUGUUGUUGUUGAAAUGCAGAAACCACAAAAUGAAAUGAAACUAAAUCUUGAACAUCAUGUUUUUCUACAGCCACAGAUAAUUUGAAGGGACGGACUGAUGUGUCUGAAUGUUUUAACACCCAGAUGAAAUUAAAAUUGAUGUGGUACUGGAAUUGUACUUUAGAAUGAUAGUAAUACCCAUUGCAUUGCAAUGCAAUUCAAAAUAUGCUCAGGUGCAUACAGAUGUGCAUGCAAACAAGGCCUGAAUUGUUUCUGUUUGACUGCUGAAGCCCAGUUUCCCCUAUUUGAUAGAUGUAUCAGUCAGCAAAUCAAUUUCUGAUCUAAUACUCCAGCGUUAGUCAACCCAGGGCCCCUCAAAUGUUGGAUCCCCCUCCCAGCAUCACUGAUGAUUAGACAUGUUGACUGGAGCUGGUGGGAGUUGGAAUCCAACAUCAACUGUGAACCACCCUGAGAUCUUAUGAUGAAGGGUGGUAUAUAAAUCUAAUAAACCAUCUGGAUGGCACUACAUAGCUACUGCUUCAAUAGUCAGAUCUUGGUUCCCAUGUCCACCAUUUUAAAAUGUACAUUUUUAAACUUUGAAAUUGCUGCAUGUACAUGAGCAUGCGUACACUCAUUCACCCCAUGAGCAAUGUGUGUGUAAACAUUGGCAAAUUGUUUUGGGGGAGGGGGAGAUGAGUUAGUGAUGAUACCUGUUUAGGGCCAAUUAGUACUGUGCUUUUGCUGCAGACGCUAAUGGUUUCCUCUGAACUUGACCCAGAAGAUAAAUUAGUAUAUUUUAAUAAAAACAUGAGUGUGUUUUGAUGAUGGGUUUACCACUCAGAUUAUGUUCAUAUGUGCACACCCUUCUUUAUGGAAAGCUUCAACUGCAAUUAAAUUCUCUGACAAUCAGAUCUACACAAGGGGUUUGCACAUUGACAGUGGUAUUGGGAACAGAACUUUCAUGAGGAAGAUGUACAAGCACAUAUUGCACAAAAAACCCCAAUGCUACACAAAUUGCAUUUUGGGAUCUGUACAGAUAACCAUUUCAGAACACAUUCUACCAGAGAUGUGUAGCAAAGUUCUCCUUAACACUAAGUCAACUAAACUAUGCCUGGGGUGAACAAAGUAGCCUGUCAUCAGGUAUUCUAGUCUAGGGUGGUUUAGUUGGGUCACUCUGCCCGAGUCAUAACACCCACCAUGAACUUUUGGGAAGGGAUUGUGGCAUGGUGUUGGGCUUUGCACCCAGAAGGUCUCAAUUUCAUUCCCUGGCAUCACCAGUUAAAAGGAUCUUCGGUAGCAAGUGAUGAGAUAGACCUCUGCCUGAGAAAUUGUGGAGGUGCUGUCAGUCAGAGUGGACAAUACUUGGCUAGAGGAACAAAUAGUGUGACUUCAUGGAGCAAUUUUCUCUGUGUGAGAGAGAGGGAAGGAGGGUCUGGCUGACUUGGUGAGAGCACAGAACAUCUACUUACUGAAGUUUUUAAUGACGUCUCAAGCUGAUCUAUAUUAUGCUAGCAAGCAGACCUGGUCAUUGCUGAGGCUUUGAUAUAUGCAGGUUAUAAAUCUACACGUAAUAAUACACACCUAAGUUCCAUUUAGGUUGGUGUGAUUUAAGAGGGCAUAAAAGAGAUCAAGAUUUCAGUCUGAGUUUGCAAUUAAUUGAUGAUCAUCUUAUAAACAUUUUAGGACCCAUUCGUUCUAGUCUCUCCCUGAAAUCUGGUAGCAUAGUGGAACUGAAUUGGCCUAACUCACCCAUGUGAAUGUUAUGCAAAUGAUGUUUAGUGAUUUUAUUUGUGCAGUAUACUUCUUCUGUAGCUUAUGCUAAAAGUGUUGUGUAUAUUUGGAAUUUAUUUCAUUACAUUGCACAGCAUUGAAGAUAAGUGGAUCUGGUCAUAAUUCUAAAAUAAUGUCUUUGAAAAUUCACCACUUUUCUUCAGUCCCUUGAAACUUUCUGUUUCUCCAUGAUGAACAGAUUUUGAUUAAAAACUGAUCUCAGGAGUUUAUUAGAAGAUUCAUCUCAUAGCCUGUCGACUUAUUGUAUACCCAUCUUCUGAGUAAUUUUCGUCAAUAUUUUUAAAGGUCUUCAAUACUUCCUAGUUAUCCAGAAAUUAUUUGCUGCAUAUUUCCCAUUAAGGCUAGGCUUAAAAGGAAAUCUUUCAGCUGACUUUCAGCUAUUUAAUUUAACCCUGUGCUCACAUAUAAAAUUACUGAGUGCUUCCCUGAUUAUAAAACCUCUUGAUCCACUUCAUAUACAACAUGAAAAAAGAAUAUGGAUUAUCAGCUGCCUUUCUAUGGAGGGGGAGGAAUACUAGUGCAGCCAAUACCUUUGGAGGGACACUUCUAAAUAAUUGGAUAUAGACAUAGGUGGAUCAAUAGUUUGACGGUAUAAAGCAGAUUUGUAGGUUAAUUUUUGAGGUGCAGUGUGGUCUGUUAUGAAUGCACAAACCUGCACACUUUGGUUACAAGCCUCAGUAAAAUAGUUGUGCUGCAACCUAGGUUCACCUUUUUCUAACACUGAGAUUAUCUACAUGAAGGGAAAAUGUCAUGUGGAAAGAGGACUGUACACUAGAGCAAUUCCAACUGUGCAGAUUCAACAUGAAAAUAUGCUUUACUAGUCCUCCCCUCCCCCCACUUCAGAAUCUGCUCUUGAGUGCCUUCAUCUUGAACCUCUUCCUAGAAUGGAUCUUUAGUGGAUCUUGAAAUUGGUUUCUCUGUGCCUAAGCUACGGCAUUUAAACUCAGAUCUUAUUACACAGUGUUUAGCUUUUUAACAUUCCUUUCUACACUAUGGAUUUUGUUUAACUUUCGCGACACUUGUUCUCUUAUGCCCUAGUAGUCUUUAAUACCAAUUUUCUGCCUUGACAGCAUCAGCUGAAACUUUUUUUGCUCGUGUUGAAAGCUUGGAUUUACUUUUGACUUUCUAGUGUGAAGUUCAGGUCUUUGGAGCGUGUAGAAAUUUAUUGACACAUUAAAAUGGUGCUGGCAGCUUUCGUGAGACCAGGGAUGGGCAACAGUGGUGGUGAUGGAAAUAAUUAUGAUUUAUUUUGGCCAGUGCCAUUUAUCACGUGUCAGCACUUGAGAAAUAAUGUGGCAAUGGAUGUAUGGGGCAUCUCCCUUGCUAGCAAAGUACGGGAAAGGAAAACGUAAGCCUCAGGGUACAUCAGGUCUGCAAAGAACAUUUGCGGCGCUUCUUGCUGUGGGACUGUAGCACCAGGUUGGAGGCAUGAAAAACAAGCGUGGUAUGGCACAAGCAAGCCCUCAGCCUGCACCAUAGGUCAGAUCAUGACAACUUCACAUCCUCUGCUGGCUCUGGAAGCACUUUUCUGCAGUGCAAAUAAGUUUGUAUGUGGUGGUAGAGGAACAUUCCAGGCUUGAAACUUUGAUAUAUGUGAAGGUCUGAUGUACAUGACUCCUCAAAAAAAGCCCAACAUGAUCCAGCAUGUUGCAUUCCCAGCAUUAAUUUGUUGAGUUGUGGCUUUUGCUCAGGGAAACUAUUUGAAGUGCCAUUGGAUAACAGUCCCUCCCCCCUUCUUAUAUCCUUCCUUGGUGGAAUAGACUGAGCACAUUGCAAAGCAGCAAUGUUGUUGACUUUCCAUGGGAUAAGGAAGGGAUCUGUAGUUCUUUAACCUCUUUCCCUUUUUUGGGCUCGCAGUGCCUGAGUUGAUCAUGCCUUGUAGCUAUAUGGACUAGAAUAGUCUACACUGGCUGUUGCUGGCAACAGCAGACCCAGGUUUGGUGGGCAGCCUUUUGACAAUAUGCCAUAUUGUUGCGUGUAAACAUACUUGUUUGGUGUGUACAUGUGCCUUACUGUCAUAACAAAUGCAUUUUAUACAACAAAUAAAUUCAAAACUGUUUUAAGU